CUUGCUACUGUGUUGUGUGUUCAAGAGUUAUUUUUACCAGAAGUAAGUUCGCGUAUGCAGUUCAAUAGUCUAAAGUUCAUAUUAGUGUUUACAAAUAUGAACAUGGUUGCUUCCGAUGAUGGUAAUUCAAGAAAUCUUUAAUUUGUAGAUAUUUUUUUCAAUUCAUAGGAACAUUUCUAUUGGGGGGGGGGGGGGUGAUUAUUAUUAUCAUCAAUUUUCAUUUAAUCUAUAACUGCUUAUAAAAUUGAACUCAUCGACACUGGAUUUGAUUGCUGAACGCGAUUCGUCGACGGGAGCAGUCGAAUUUCAAUCAUUUAACCACGACUUGAAAAUUGUUCUGGGCCCGCUUUGGUUUUCUUCAAGGAUCGGAGCAGACUAUGACUGCAUUGGAUGAGAGCCUACUGAGCCUGGAGAAGCUGGAUCGCACAUCACCUGAACUGUGGCCUGAGCAGAUUCCAGGCGUGUCUGAUUAUAUGCAUUUAAAUGCAUUGUCGACACACCCACUACCAAAACUUUGGAACAAACCAUUGGACGAGGAAGAUUACGUUCUUAUGACUCAACUGUCCACCCUUUCACAUGGUGCUCUAAUAGCCGAGGUAAAAAAGUUGCACGAUGCUGCUUAUAAGUUGGGUCUGGAAGAAGCGAAGGAGAUGACAAAAGGCAAAUAUUUGAACGUUCUUUCUAAAAAAAAGUAUAAUAGUAAUCUAAACUGAGUUUCGUAUUUAAUCACUUGAAACUGACUGUCUUGUACUAUGUAUCAGUGUAAAUAGUUUAUUAAAUAGAAACAAAUACUUAA